AUGAGGAUAUUCGGCAAGAAAGGAGCUUCUGAAUUCUCUGCCUCUUCCACAGCAGAACAAGUUACACGAGGAGUUGAUGGAACUGGCCUUACUGCCAUUGUUACAGGAGCCUCGAGUGGUAUUGGUGUAGAGACCGUACGUGUUCUUGCAUUGCGUGGUGUUCAUGUAGUAAUGGCAGUGAGGAACAUGGAUGCCGGUGCCAACGUCAAAGAAGCAAUCCUUAAAAAAGUGUCUAAUGCUAAGAUUGAUGUCAUGGAGUUAGAUCUCAGCUCAAUGGCAUCUGUAAGAAAGUUUGCAGCAGAAUACAAUUCCAAAUGCCUUCCAUUGAACAUCCUUAUUAACAAUGCAGGGGUUAUGGUAGGUAAAUUCAAGCUAUCUCAAGACAACAUAGAACUCGAUUUUGCAACUAACCAUUUAGGUCAUUUUCUUCUCACAAAUCUUUUGUUAGAGAACAUGAAACAAACAUCAAGAAACAGCAACAUAGAGGGGAGAAUUGUUAAUGUAUCAUCUCUUGGCCACAGAUAUACAUACCGUGAGGGAAUUCGUUUUGAUUUAAUUAACGACAAAUCAAGAUUCAACAACUAUGUUGCCUAUGCAGAAUCCAAGCUCGCCAACAUAUUGCAUGCUAAUGAGCUUACAAGGCGCCUCAAGGAAGAAAGGGUUGAGAUAACUGCUAAUUCUCUUCAUCCGGGAACAAUUCACACCAAUAUUGUGCGCAAUGAUAUCCGUUUAAAGUGUCUUCUUAAGUUGGUUAGGCUAAUAUUUUUGAGCAAAACUAUUCAGCAGGGAGCGGCGACCACAUGCUUUUUGGCACUGAAUCCACAAGUUAAGGGAGUAAGUGGGGAAUACUAUGUGGACUGUAACAUUGCCAAACCGCGCUCCAAGGCAAAUGAUCCAGAUUUGGCCAAGAGACUCUGGGAUUUUAGCUUGAGUUUGACCGAUCUCAAGUAG